AUGUCUGAAGAAGUGACCUACGCAACACUCACAUUUCAGAACUCUGCUGAAGCAGGAAAUAACAGGAAUCAAAAUAAUCGAAGAAAAAGAGGGUAUCCGGCUCCAUCCUCCAUAUGGCGUAAGGUUGCCUUGAGUCUGCUAACUCUUUGCCUGAUGCUUCUGAUUGGGCUGGUGACCUUGGUGAUAAUGUAUUUGCAGACAUCUAAUGAAAUUAACUCAGAUUUGGAAAAGUUCAGUCCACUUCAGAAAACUAUCCACCAACAGCAGGAUAACACAUCCCAGCAGCUGAGCAACUACAAGAACUUCCACUUGGAGGAAGAAUUUCUCAAAUCACAGAUCUCCAAUCUAUUGAAGAAGCAGGGGCAAAUGGCCAUCAAACUCUGCCAAGAGCUUAUCAUUCACAAUUCAGACCACAAAUGUAAUCCUUGUCCUAAAAUGUGGCAAUGGCACCAAAACAACUGCUAUUAUUUUGCAACCAAUGAAGAGAAAACCUGGAUUGACAGUAGAAAGGACUGCAUGGGCAAGAACUCUACUCUGAUGAAUAUAGACAGCUUGGAAGAAAAGGAUUUUCUGAAGUCACAGCCAUUACCCAAGUAUUCUUUCUUCUGGCUAGGAUUAUCAUGGGACCCAUCUCGCAAAAUUUGGCUAUGGGAGGAUGGCUCUACUCCCUCUACAUCCUUAUUUAGUACUAAAGAACUUACCCAGAUAGAUAGAUUCAAAGGAUGUGCUUAUUUUCAAAAAGGAAAUAUUUAUGCUUCCCGCUGCAGUGGUGAAAUUUCUUGGAUUUGCGAGAAGACAGCUGCAUUAGUAAAGAUUGAAGAUUUGAAUUAA